AUACCAAGCAAAUGCAAAUGGGUAUCCACAUUGAGUUGAUCUUGGUUUUCAUCACCAUUUGCUACAUGUACAGCAUAGCUGAAGGUUUCGCACCAUCAGGCUGGACGAAGGGAUCUGCUACGUUUUAUGGUGGUAGUGAUGCCUCUGGAACUAUGGGGGGUGCUUGUGGGUAUGGUGAUUUGUACUCGACUGGCUAUGGCACCAGGACAGCAGCACUAAGUACUGCGUUGUUCAAUGAUGGGGCAUCAUGCGGGCAAUGCUAUAAGAUCAUUUGCGACUACAAUUCAGAUAAGCAAUGGUGCAAGAAAGGUGUGUCGGUGACAGUGACGGCCACCAACUUCUGCCCCCCAAAUUAUGCGCUCCCCAACAAUAAUGGGGGGUGGUGUAACCCCCCACGCCAGCACUUUGACAUGGCCCAACCAGCGUGGGAGAAGAUUGGCAUCUAUCGUGCAGGGAUUGUGCCGGUCUUGUUCCAAAGGGUACCAUGCAAGAAGCAUGGCGGAGUAAGGUUCACCAUCAAUGGGCACGACUAUUUUCAGCUUGUUCUAGUGACCAAUGUUGGCGCCGCUGGAUCAAUACAGGCCAUAUCAGUGAAAGGGUCCCAAACUGACUGGCUCUCAAUGUCGAGGAAUUGGGGAGUGAAUUGGCAAUCUAACAGCUACCUCACCCGUCAGUCUCUCUCCUUCAAGGUCACCACCAGCGAUGGACAGACAUUGGUGUUCCCUAACAUAGUUCCUUCCAACUGGGCAUUCGGCCAGACCUUCUCCAGUCCCCUGCAAUUCAAGUAG